AUGCGAUCCCUUCUCGUCGCCCUUGUGACCUUUCUAAGUGCUGUCGGCGGACUGGAAGUGCCUUCCUUUGCGCCACCGAAAUUCCCGGCCAGCACUAUCGAUAAUGAUGGAACUCAUGCCGGUCGCUAUGACGUCCGCAAAACCAUGGUCUGGCUUGAUGAGGAGAAUCCUGACAACUUGAACAGCUACUUCUUCCUCUUCUGGUUGACCACGGUGGACGGUCGCAAAUACCAUGUAACGUUAGCACCAAACUUUUUCCGUGGCAGCACCACCGGCAUCUUCAGGGUAGAAGACCUCCAGGAUCUCUCAUCCACUGGCGCGACGGUUUUUGCUCCAGGUACUGGAAGCACGGAGUUUCUUGACUUCCGGUCGGAGAUCCAGAAUCUGACCAGCCCUCGUGGAUCCGACAAUUACACGGACUUGACUAUCUCCACCAACUAUGCUGGGGUGCCGCUCAAUGUACACAUUACCCCAACCGGCAAAAACCUGUACGUUGGUGGAGGUGGUGGGAUUACCCUGUCGAGCGAUGGCAAUGACUUCCGGAGGGUCAUACCCGGGUACUCCUGGUACUGGGGCAACCCCACCCUACGUCUGAAUGGCACGCUAACCGUCAACGGCGAGGAAAUUGCAAUUGAUUGUGAUCAGUCCCGAGGAUAUUUUGAGCGUCAGUGGGGCGAAUUCGGGAUAUCCGGUGGCCAUUACGGAUACUGGCUCUAUCUCUCGAAUGGUUUGAUGAUUCAUGGAUGGGUCGUAGGCCCUACCAUAGAGCAGCCCUUUGGUGUCCCAGCCUGGGCGACUGUCUGGCAUCCCAAUGGCGUUCAUGAAGUUGUGGAAGUGGGCAAGAACACCACGGCAUUCGAUGUUUGGAAAAGUGAAUAUAGUGGAUUGGACUAUUUCAAGCAGGUUAAGCUGGAUAUACCGACUCGUCAAGCGGGAUUCAAUAUCCACCAGCUGAUAAGAGAAAGUGAGCUCCGCCCGCUUUCCGGCACUGACGGGUAUAACAUCAGCGAAGCAUAUGCUCAAGGCGAAGGUGUCUGGGAAGGCGAACAUGUCACUUUUUUUGGACAUCUCGAACAACUUUCUUACUGGUAG